AGUGAGCGCUGUGAUUGGUCGACAAAGCUCGUUCCGCACAUACGUAAAACGUUUCAGCGCAUCCGGCGCCGUGAGCUGGGGCACAAACGACCCCCGUAUUGUUGCGAAACAGUUGAUCAGAGAGGCCCGCAUUCUCCGGCACUAAACUGUGUAUGCGUUCUCACUCAGAGAAUGGGUGUACAUCAGCGGCUAUGUGUUUGUUCAUUUUUAGGAGUGGUAACUAUAGAUGCUGCAAUGGACUCUAAGUAAUGUCUGUAAUUCCAUUUGGGAACUAGCGAUUUGCCCGUUACUCCACUACUGGUUUAAGAUGGUUCAGAAUACAUUAUGUCUUCCUGUAAACUGGCCGUACAUCCUUCCUGUAACUCUGAUGCUGGAUAACAUGUAUUGUUGGAAGUGGUCCUUUAGGAUGGAAUAAUCUCCUAGUAGCAAAGUCAUUUUUGCCUGUUUCUUCUUUUCAGUAAAUGUGACCUAACUUCCCAUAAAACAACUUUGUCAGCAGCUUUCCCCACGUGUGGAACCCAUAAACGCAUCUAAUUCCCCAUCUCCUCUUCUUCUAGCACCUGCCAAAUUUGCAAUCAGUGUCCCACAAGCUAAGCAAGCUCCAAUUUCUCCAAAACUAUCCAUACUGACAGGAAAUACUCUACAUUGUUUAUGCUUCUGAGCGUGCGACAUACUGCGCCAUACCAAGUGUUGUACCCUACUCAGUUUGUUACUGCACAAGAAACAGUGUGUCUGUUGGCAACUCAUCCCAGUAUCCAUCCUGAUUAUCUGUGGAGUUUCUUCUGGAAUCUUAUCAGAGAAGUUGAGCUGGAGUGAUCAUGAUUGCAGUUUAGUGAUGGUGUUAAGGCAGCACCAUGUUGCAUCAAUUUGGUAUCCUCAGCUGUGGUAUCAUGAGGAACAAAACCCUCAUCAAGCUCCACAGUAUGCUGCUUUAAGUCAACUAUACCUAGAUUUGAAGCCAGUAAAUCCAACCCAAGUAUGGAAUUGCAGCCACUGCCUACCAAAUUAAGUACUUGCAUAAAAGCUGCAAGUUACGGUGGCCAAGGUAAAUGUAACCCUUCCUGAUGCCUACGAAUUUACAACACUUCCACCCACUCCACUUAAUGUAGACUGUGGCGGACACAUACAGACAAGCCCAAAGGACCUGUAACUAACAACUGAAAUAUGUGCUCCUGUAUCUACUAAAAUAUCUUCCUAAUGGUUAGGCUGCCUGUCACUGACACUGUGCACUGCUGACUAGUGGCUGUAUUUACUAGAAAUUCUGCCUGGAGGUUCCAGCAUUUCUGCAUCCAUUUAAUGCACCCAUGCCAUGUUGUGGUCUACUGUGCACUGACCAUUGCUGUUCUGCACAUUCUCUUGCUCUCGGUGGCGCGACGGACAACAGUUCUCACACAUUGGUGUUUUGCAGUCCUGUCAUGUAUCACUUGGCCAGUGACAAUAGUAGCACAUCACUGUGGGUCCGAUUAUGUGGCCAUGUGUCACGAUUCUAUUUCUGCCAGAGUGAUGGUGGAAGUUACGGCUCCCUGCAGGAUAUCUGGAAAACAUGUUGCAAUUUCCUUAACAUCUCUGCUAGUAAUUCACUUAGAAUUGCAUCCACAGCACACUGUUUCACUUCUUGGACCACUGUCCAAUCCACUUCUACAUUCUCUGAUAUAAAUAAAGUCUACAUCUUUCUCAUACUCCCCCAUGCCAUGUCAAGCUAUUAUUAAAUCCUUGCCAGUAGUUAAUAGUGAUACUUUUUAACUGAAAGAAUUCACAUGAUUUAGCUCCUCUUGACAUAAUAAAUACAAAUGGGAUUCUCAAAUAAAACUAGUGUUUCUUCAGUAAGUUUCUCACCAAACAGUGAAAUGAAAGAAGGCAUAGUAAAGCCCAUUAGGAGUCUAAGUGGACUAGUUAGCAAUGGGAUUGCCUUUCUGGGCUUCUUCUCAACUUAUUUAGUAUCACAGUCAUACUGCAAUUAUCUGCAUGCAUCUACACAAGCUGAUGACAAGACCGGCUCUUGGAGCAAACUGCAAGGCUGCGGCUCAGCUCACUGGGUCUUAAGUUUGAGGACUGGCUAAACAAGUAACCAGUGACUAUGAAAACUUCAAUACAUGGCAGUCCUUCCGAUAUAGUUUACGCCAAUGAUGAGCCUAACAGUGGUCAAACUCUAGACACCAAAAUGUCCAAUGGAUUGCAAGUGGCCAGAACUCUUAUCUUUUGGGUUCUCAGGUCAAGAGGUUACACUGAUAUGUGCAUUCAGAUUGGAAAUGGAGCUAUGGUUUCAAACAUCAGCACUCAAGAAGGAAUUUCUGUUGAGUAUUUUCGGUUUAGGGAUAGUUUGCUUGCAGAUAUAAUGAAUGCAGAUUUAGUUAUAAGUCAUGCUGGAGCUGGUAGCUGUCUUGAGAUACUUGAAGCUGGUAAGCCACUUGUAGUGGUUAUAAAUCAACAGCUGAUGGGUAAUCAUCAACUUGAACUUGCAAAACAGCUACAUGCUGAUGAACAUUUAUAUUACAGCACAUGUGAAAAUCUGAAAAGUGUGUUAGAAAAUAUGAACUUAGAAAAGUUAAAACCUUUUCCUCGUGGAAAUGCUGGUAUUUUUGCAGCAUACCUUAAUAGUGUAUUUGGUUUUAAUGAGUAUAAUAAUGAAACAUAGAGUUCUGGAGUAUUUCAGCACUGCCUCAGGGAGUUAAUCUCAAUGAAGCAUUGGGAUUCAUGAAGGUGUACCAGGUAAAGGAACAAUAUUGGUGUUAGAAUUGAGACAUACACAGUGUAUAUGCAAGGAACACCAGAACUCAGUUUCAGUCUGCAUUAUGAAUGAUCAAGUUACAUUCCACAAAAUGUUAAAUAUAAUAAUCACCAGUGACAUUUUUACUAUAGAAUAUUAUGAAUUUUAUUAAUGUCAAAACAAUAUAAAAACAUUCAUACUUAAUGUUUUGAAUAAAUGUAAUACACUGAAUAAAUAUAAUAUUAGUAAAAUACAUCAAUCUCCUCUCAUGUAAUACAUUCAUGUAAUUAUACAAAAACUUAAUUCUGCUGUAAUAAAAAAAAAUUGUUGCCAUGA